GUUACCAUCGCGACAACAGAGUUGUAGCAACCGAGUAGAUUUACAGCGGGGUUUCUUAAUUCCGGUUUAAGAGUUAAUAUAGAGCUGCAUUUUCAAUAACUCACCGUAAAAAAUGGCUGCAACAACUUUUGAGCAUACAGCAACAGGAUUAUUGGGUGAUAAGCGGGAUACGAUGUUAUUCAAUCAACUUCACUUGAGAGAUGAAGUGGGUAAAGCAACUCGUCACGGUUAUAGUCAUAACCCUCCAGAGAACUAUAGAUAUGGUAUUUGUAUGAAUGUUAAAGAAGGAGGAGUAAGGGACUCUUUGACUUGGUCAAGCCACCUUCCAAGUUUAACAGGAAGUGGAAAGAACAAAAAAUCAAGGACUAGAAGAGACUUUGAAUCUUUAAACAAAGGAGCAGUUUCUGCUGGAUUAGUUAGCGAGAAGGGUCAAUACGCUUAUAGAGCCACUCACGAUGCUAGAAGACCUAUUGAUGAUGACGUAACUGCGAAUAGAAAAGCAGGCAAACCAAAAAUUCCUGAUAUGACUUUUGGUAUGCCAGUUAGGCCUAGCACUCCCAUUUAUGAGGUAAUAGAACAUAAAUUUCAAGACCUUUGGAUUAGAGAUCAAAUGAGUCAAACUAAAGCUAAGAAAGUUGCAGAAAGAGCAGCAAAACUUAAACCUGGACAAAUCAAUGAUACAAGAACUUCAAUGCUGAGACAACAUCAAGUUGCCGUUGAUCCUGCUCCAUUAUGGCAAAUGAAGAAAUUCAGCAAAAGUGCUAAACCUCAUUUGAAUACAUUUAGAAAUGAAAGAGCAAAGCAAAAUGCGUUUAAGCAUCAAACCUACGAUGGAGUACCAAGAAAAGGUUUGACUCAUCAAGGUGUAUACGAAACUGGAGGUGAUUAUAUGAAAGAAUAG